AUGUUUUCAACCACUGGUCUUUUCAAAGGCAUACCAUGUCCCGAAGGCGAAAGGUGCAACAUAAUUCAUUGCAUCUUCUCCCAUGAACUAAGACCACAGGCCAUUGCUGUGUCUGAGCAGAGUACAAGCAANAAGAGAAAGCUGUCCGAAGAAACUGACACAAGGCCGGCUGUCACUCCUGUUACUAUCUCAUCUGGCAACACAGCCAACCGCUCUGCAACCAAAGGACCUACUACCAUCCAUCAAGAGAAACCAACAACAACGGCCUCAGUCCCGCCUAAGAUCCCUAAGACUCUACAGAGACCAGUAAGCCCACCUCCUAAGCCACCCGCCGCCUCGUCAAAACCAGCCCCUGCGAAACCUGCUGUCAAAGAAUCUCUCAACCCUCGAAUGAUCCCCAAUGACCCUGCCGGUCAUGCGAAACGAACUUUGUUUCUCAAGCAUCUUCAUGCUCAGAUGGAACGCUUGAACGACGAAGUGGCCAAGAGCUCGCAUGCGAAGAAGGCAGACUUGACCAUGGCAUCUGAUGAAUUGAUCAGAGUUGCUUUGGACGAAGAGGAGAAGACUGCGCGAGAGAAUCACAAGAUCUACGCUAACGUCAUCAAAAUGCGUGUUGCAGCACUCAANAAGAUGGGCGUCGACGAAUGGAUCGCACAUGUGAUUGCGAACAUCCGAGUCGAUUUGCAGGGGAAUAAAGCCAAGCUGCCACCGCCAAUCGACACCGGCUUGUCUCUAGAUCAGGAGCACGUCGUUCUCCCUCAUCUGAUCACCGACCAGACAAAUCUAGCCAAGCAUGGCUAUGUGCCUACACCGCCAACUGAUGAAGAGAUCGCCGAGGCCAAAGCUGGCGUGGCAGCAUCUCUCAAUUACGAGGUAUGCGAUCGUUGCAAAUCUCGCUUCAGGAUCUUCGAAGAGCGCAGAGAGGAAGACGGUGCGUUGACAACAAAUGGACCCUGCACUUACCAUUGGGCAAAGCCAAUCACACCUCGUCGUGAGAAGACAGAUGCGAUCAAGGGGCCGAAGGAGGCUAUAUACCCCUGUUGUCAGGAACCUCAAGGCACCCCAGGUUGUACACAAUGCGAGACGCACGUCUUCAAAGUCAGCGAGGGCAAGCGACUUGCUUCCAUCCUACCUUUUAUCAAUACACCAGAGAACCCCAAACCUGCUAAAGGACCCGACGGCAAGUCACUGAGCGCUGUUACCUUCGAUUGCGAAAUGGGCUAUACUGUCCUUGGCCUCGAGCUCAUCCGUCUAACCGCCGUGUCUUGGCCUGAGGGUCGUUCUCUGGUUGAUGUCCUUGUCCGUCCGCAAGGCACCAUUCUUGAUCUCAAUACCCGCUGGUCGGGUGUCACGCCGGAGAUGUAUAGCUCGGCCGUUCCAUAUGAGGAAAAAACGGCCAUGGAUGCGCUGUUACCACCACCGCCGCCUGGUAGUUCUGCCUCUCUAUCUCUUGACAGCCCUGCCAGCGGUCCACUGCCCAUUGUCUCAAGCCCAGCAGCCGCAAGAGACCUCCUAUGCUCUUUCCUCACACCCACCACCCCUCUUAUCGGACAUGGAAUUGAGAAUGACCUCAACUCAACUCGACUCUGUCACCCAACCAUCAUCGACACCAUCAUCCUAUUUCCACAUCCUCGUGGUUUACCCUUCCGCUUCGGCCUCAAGAUGCUUACCAAACGCCAUCUCGGUCGUGACAUCCAAAUGGGAGGAGCCUCUGGCCAUGAUUCUCUCGAAGACGCGCGUGCAACUGGCGACUUGGUUCGCUUUGCAGUAGGACAAAGAUUUAAGAGACUGCAAAGGGAGGGCUGGACAUUGAACGAUGGUGUGCUCAUGCCACCUCUUCCUGGCGGUCCACCUCCUGUGGACGAGACAAAGGCUCUAGGCGCUGGAUCAGGGGUCAAGAGACAGAGAAUUGAUGUCGAACAGCAGGGUUCAAGCAAGAAACUUAAGGAGGGCUAA